CAUUAAUACGGAGUAUGAUUUUAUAAUUUUUCUCUUGUUUAUAUCACUUUUAAUAACACAAUUUUUUUUAUUUUCGUGUCAUUUUGUCCCUUUUUUGAAAGAGAAAAAAAAUACUCCGUAAGUAAAUGAUUGAGUACAGUUGGUAUAUAGAGCUACUCCGUAUGAGCUAGCAAGAAGAAGCUGAACAAUUUCACAGUUUCUGAAAUAUGGGUGAAAUCGCAAACAGAGCUCCAGCCGCCAUUGCGGCGCGUUCGCGGCCCACGCUAACAGUCGUGCCCCGCGCGCCACUGGAUUCCCUCUUCUCCGACGGGUUCGUACCCGGUUUCAGCCCGGGUCCCAUGACCCUCGUCUCCAGCUUCUUCGCCGCCGACUCCGAUGCCUGCUCCUUCUCCCAGCUCCUCGCCGGAGCCAUGGCUUCCCCGCUCGCUCUGGCCGCUAAUUCCUCCGAGAAGGCGGUUUCCGUCCCUGGGUGCGAGAAUUUGCCGCCCCGGUACAAGCAGAAUCGGCCGGUGAGCGUGGCCGUCGCCGCCGCCCUCUCGCCGCUUCUCGUCGUCCCCCCUGGAUUGAGCCCUUCCGGCUUCCUCCAGUCCCCUGGUUUUCUCUCCCCACUUCAGAGCCCUUUUGGGAUGUCACACCAACAAGCCUUGGCGCACGUUACGGCACAGGCUGCGUUAAACCAGUCUCAAAGGCAGCAAAUGCAGGCCGAACACAGCCCAUCUUCACCUCCAGAUGCAUUAGGGCACGAAUCGUUGUCGGUGUCUCUCCCAACUGAGUCAUUCCAAACCCAGCACGACGACGUUUCGUUCGACCAAGAGAGCUUGAAGAACGAACCUUCCGAGGUCGUCUCCCAAUCACCACAGAGAGGACAUCUUCCUCCUCCUCCCCGUGUUAUGGAGAGGCCGGCUAAAGAUGGUUAUAACUGGAGGAAAUAUGGGCAGAAAUAUGUCAAGGGGAGUGAGUGUCCGCGGAGUUACUAUAGAUGCUCGCAACUCAAAUGUCCGGUCAAGAAGAAAGUUGAACGGUCGGUUGACGGGCACAUUAGCGAGAUCACGUAUAGAGGGCAGCAUAAUCACGAGCCUCCUAACCCCAGCAAAAGAAACACGGAUGAGUGUGACGUGGAGGGUAGUGAUUAUAAUGCACAAGCUAAGCCUCAAAGUGCUUCUUCUCAUUGUUUGACUCAUGUUAGCGGGUCAAAUGAGAUCGAGUUUUCCGAGUCGGACUGGUUAUCCGACAAAUUACCUUAUGAGCUAGUUGAUGGAUUGGAGGAGAGUGUCAUUGUAUUUGAAGAGGAGGAUGAACAUAUUCCCAAGAGAAGGAGGACGGAAGUAGAGGCGGCGUCAUCUGCUCCACCAUCAUCUCAUAAAACAGUCACGGAGCCCAGAAUCAUAGUGCAGACAAGAAGCGAAGUUGACCUUUUGGAUGAUGGAUAUAAGUGGCGUAAAUAUGGACAAAAAGUAGUCAAGGGAAACACUCACCCAAGGAGUUACUACAGAUGCACGUCCAGCGGAUGCAGCGUGCGUAAACACGUAGAAAGGGCCCCCGCGGACCCCAAAGCUGUCAUAACCGCUUACGAAGGCAAACACAAUCACGACCUCCCAAGUGCUGGUAAAAAAACACGCUCGCAGUCAAAGGCUGAAAUGUGAUGGUAAAAAACAGAGAGAGCUGUGUUUGUAAAAUGUGUGGCAGCUCUAAGACUUCUUUCUAUCUUUCUGCUUUCACUCGAAGCCAUCCCACGAUACAGUAAAAUUACGGGGUAGUAAACUGUGUAAAUUCUUACCUUGUUCGUGCUACCGUGGUUAUUUAAUUUUACUCUAUCUAUGCCUUUUGAACCUGUCACUUGGGACGGGCUCGUUAUUUUCUUCUAGUUGAGGUAAGGUUUGCGUACACACAUUUGAUCUUGUGUUUCGUUUGGUUUUUCUUAGUGAAUGUACAUUUGAAAGUUUGGUAAUUUUUCUGCAUUUCCUUGUUUUUUUCGUAAUACAUUUUCUCAUUGAAAUGUAUUUCGUAAUAUUAUUUUUUUUGCAAUAAAUACUCUAGGAGAAU